CUGUUGCUAUGUAGGCUCUACAGACCCGUCCUCUCGCUCAACACACAGACCCAUCCUCUUCCUCAUCACACAGACCCGUCCUCUCACUCAUCACACAGACCCGUCCUCUCACUCAUCACACAGACCAGUCCUCUUCUUCAUCACACAGACCCAUCCUCUUCCUGGUCACUUUCUACUACCCUUUGUCGACAUUUAAGGAACAGAAGCGACAGCUAACAAGAGCAGGAUGCAGCGCAUCAGAGAGAACAUCCACAUACGCACCAUGAAGGCAAAACGGAAAGUGGAAGAGAUCUCUAAAGAAGAUGUCCAUGCAUUUCUGAAGAAGAAUGCCUUUGUGCUGUUCACUGUAGGGGCAGUUAUUGUUGGCAUUGUGCUAGGAUUUUCCCUACGCCCUUAUAAGAUGACCUACCGAGAGGCGAAAUACUUCUCCUUCCCUGGAGAGCUUUUAAUGAGGAUGCUUCAGAUGCUUGUGCUUCCCCUACUGGUCUCCAGUCUCAUAACAGGAGUGGCUGCUUUGGACAGUAAGGCCUCAGGAAAGAUGGGCAUGAGAGCUGUGAUAUACUACAUGACCACCACCUUUAUUGCUGUUUUCGUUGGUAUCAUAAUUGUUCUCAUCAUUCACCCUGGAAAAGGAUCUAAAGAUGAGUUUGGAAAGCAGCAGAAGAUAGAGCAAGUCAGCACCGCCGAUGCCUUCUUAGAUCUAAUCAGAAAUAUGUUUCCACCAAACUUGGUCCAAGCCUGCACACAGCAGUUCAAAACCAAAUAUGGAACACGAGUGGUCCACGUGAUGGUGACAAUGAAUGACACGAUCUUCAACUCAACCAAUACCACCCAGGAGACCAUGGAGAUCACCCAGGAGGAGGUGAUCCCCGUGCCAGGACAGGUGAAUGGGGUCAACGCUCUAGGGCUGGUGGUCUUCUCCAUGUGUUUUGGCCUUAUAAUUGGCAACAUGAAGGAGCAGGGCCAGCUCCUUAGAGAUUUCUUUGAUAGCCUCAAUGAGGCUAUCAUGCGUCUUGUUGCUAUCAUCAUGUGGUAUGCUCCAAUUGGUAUCCUAUUCCUGAUUGCAGGAAAGAUCGUGGAAAUGGAUGAUCUCACACAAAUGGGAGGCCAAUUGGGCAUGUACACCAUCACCGUUAUCAUUGGUUUGAUGAUCCAUGCUAUUGUUAUCCUCCCAACUCUUUACUUUGUCAUUACACGGCAGAACCCCUUCAUUUUCAUUGCCGGGCUUCUGCAAGCUCUGAUUACAGCCCUUGGGACAUCUUCCAGCUCAGCAACAUUACCUGUCACAUUCAAAUGUCUGGAGGAGCACAACAGAAUUGACAAACGCGUCACACGGUUUAUAUUGCCGGUGGGCGCAACCAUUAACAUGGACGGAACGGCACUUUAUGAAGCUCUGGCGGCCCUCUUUAUUGCCCAGGUGAACAAUAUGGAGAUGAACUUUGGUCAGAUCAUCACAAUCAGUAUUACAGCAACUGCAGCCAGCAUCGGAGCUGCAGGGAUUCCUCAGGCAGGCCUGGUCACCAUGGUGAUUGUACUGACCUCUGUUGGGCUUCCUACUGAUGACAUCACGCUCAUCAUUGCAGUUGACUGGUUCCUUGACCGUCUACGCACCACAACCAAUGUCCUGGGUGAUUCCAUUGGAGCAGGAAUUGUGGAGUUCCUGUCCCGUCAUGAGCUCCGCAGCCGGGAUGUGGAGAUGGGAAACUCGGUACUAGAGGAGAAGGAGAAGAAGAAGCCUUACAAACUCAUCUCCCAGGAUAGUGAUUUUGAAAAUGACAAACGUUCCCAUAGUGAAUCCAACAUGUAAUAAACAUUUCCAGUAACUACA